GCAGAAUAGCAAACAGGGCGUGGUUUCUCUGAAGGUGAUGAGCACUGAGGGGCAGUCUGGUACUUUAUCCAACCACUCCGUGCAAGUCCCGUCUCCCUCUCCAAUCCAUCACUUUCGAGUCAUUGUCCGAGACUCAGUCUGGAUGAAAUAAACGCACAACGGCACUAAAUCAACGGGGCUGGAGAUCCAGUCCUCAUAACUCUCUCCCGAGUCCAGUGUUUUUAACUCAGACAUCCUCACCGGGAAAUUACACGUUUUGUUAGCAGGAGGAAACCAAAAACUGAAACCCAGCAGCAAGGCUGAAAGGAGAUAUGUCCAAGAUGGAGGUGAAAACGUCACUUCUCGACAAUAUGAUUGGGCUGGGGGACAUGGUGUUACUGGAGCCCCUCACUGAAGAAUCUUUCAUAGAGAACCUGAGGAAACGAUUCGACCACAACGAGAUAUAUACCUACAUUGGCAGUGUGGUGAUAUCCAUCAACCCCUAUAGAUCUCUGCCCAUCUACACUCCCGAUAAGGUGGAGGAGUACCGCAACAGGAACUUCUAUGAGCUCAGCCCUCACAUUUACGCCUUGGCAGAUGAAGCCUACCGAUCUUUACGGGACCAGGACAAGGACCAGUGUAUCCUCAUCACAGGAGAGAGCGGCGCCGGGAAGACAGAGGCGAGUAAGCUGGUCAUGUCCUACGUUGCCGCAGUGUGUGGGAAGGGAGCAGAGGUGAACCAAGUCAAGGAGCAGCUCCUCCAGUCAAACCCGGUGCUUGAGGCUUUUGGAAAUGCCAAGACCGUGAGGAACGACAACUCGUCUCGGUUUGGAAAAUACAUGGAUGUUGAAUUUGAUUUCAAAGGAGACCCGCUGGGCGGAGUUAUCAGCAACUAUCUUCUAGAGAAGUCCCGCGUCGUCAAACAGCCGAGAGGGGAGAGAAACUUCCACAUCUUCUAUCAGCUUCUGUCUGGGGCAUCGGAGGACAUGCUGAAGAAACUGAAGCUGGAGCGGGACUUCAGCAAGUACAACUACCUGAGCCUGGACUCUGCAACAGUGACCGGGGUGGACGACGCCGCAUCCUUCCGAACCGUGAGGAACGCCAUGCAAAUCGUGGGCUUCAUGGAUGACGAGACGCAGUCUGUGCUGGAGCUGGUGGGAGCUGUGCUCAAACUGGGGAACAUCGAGUUCAAACCGGAGUCGCGAGUCAACGACAUGGAUGAGAGCCGCGUCAAGGAUAAAAACGAGCUGAAGGAGAUCUGUGAGCUGCUGGGGAUUGAGCAGUCUGUCCUGGAGAGAGCUUUCAGUUUCCGCACUGUGGAGGCCAAGCAGGAGAAGGUGUCCACUACUCUCAAUGUGGCUCAGGCAUAUUAUGCCCGAGAUGCCUUGGCUAAGAACCUGUACAGCCGUCUCUUCACCUGGCUGGUAAACCGAAUCAACGAAAGCAUUAAGGCACAGACAAAAAAGAGAAAGAAGGUCAUGGGGGUUCUGGACAUUUAUGGAUUUGAAAUUUUUGAGGAAAACAGUUUCGAGCAGUUCAUCAUUAACUACUGCAACGAGAAACUCCAGCAGAUCUUCAUAGAGCUUACGCUGAGGGAGGAACAGGAGGAAUACAUCCGAGAGGGUAUUGAAUGGACGCACAUUGAGUAUUUCAACAAUUCUGUCAUCUGUGACCUGAUUGAAAAUAACACCAAUGGGAUCAUGGCCAUGCUGGACGAGGAGUGUCUGCGCCCCGGGACGGUCACGGAUUCCACCUUCCUGGAGAAGCUCAAUCAGAUCUGCGCUGACCACCAGCACUUCGAGAGCCGCAUGAGCAAGAGCUCCAAGUUCCUCAACGACCACAGCCUGCCCCACAACUGCUUCCGCAUCCAGCACUACGCUGGCAAGGUGCUGUACCACGUGGAGGGCUUCAUGGAUAAGAAUAAUGACCUCCUGUACCGGGACCUCUCCCAGGCCAUGUGGAAAGCCAAUCACAGCCUCAUUAAGAGCCUCUUCCCCGACGGAAACCCCGCCAAGAUCAACCUCAAGAGGCCCCCCACUGCCGGCUCCCAGUUCAAGACCUCGGUGGCAACGCUCAUGAAGAACCUGCAGACCAAAAACCCCAACUACAUCAGGUGCAUCAAGCCCAACGACCAGAAGGCGUCCCACAUCUUCACAGAUUCGCUGGUGUGCCACCAGGUGCGUUACCUGGGCCUGAUGGAGAACGUGAGGGUGAGGAGGGCGGGCUAUGCUUUCCGCCAGCCCUAUGAGGCCUGCCUGGAGCGCUACAAGAUGCUGUGCAAACAGACCUGGCCACACUGGAGGGGGCAAGCCAGGGAUGGUGUGGAGGUGCUCCUCAAAGACCUUCAGAUCCCAGCAGAGGAGUACUCCUACGGCAGGUCAAAGAUCUUCAUAAGAAAUCCAAGAACGCUCUUUUCCCUGGAGGAGCAGAGGAAGCGGCGCCUGCACGGGCUCGCCACACUCAUCCAGAAGAUCUUCCGCGGCUGGAAGACCCGCACCCGCUUCCUGCUGAUGAAGAGCAGCCAGGUCACUGUCGCUGCCUGGUACCGCAGAUACGCGCAACAAAAGAAGUACAAGAAAACCAAGAGCUCUGCAGUGAUCGUCCAGUCUUUCAUUCGAGGCUGGAAGGCUCGCAAGAUCCUGCGGGAACUGAAGUACCAGAAGCGGUGUGAGGAGGCUGUGACGACUAUCGGAGCGUACUGGCACGGAACUCAGGCACGGAGGGAACUGAGACGUCUGAAGGAGGAAGCCAGGAAUAAACGCGCUGUCACUGUUAUUUGGGCUUCCUGGCAGGGAACGAAGGCACGGAGGGAACUGAGGCGUCUGAAGGAGGAAGCCAGGAAUAAACGCGCUGUCACUGUUAUUUGGGCUUCCUGGCAGGGAACGAAGGCCCGCAGGGAGCUGAAACGUCUAAAGGAAGAAGCCAGGUGUAAACACGCAGUCGAUGUCAUUUGGGCUUAUUGGCUUGGACUGAAGGUGCGGCGGGAGUACAGGAAGUUCUUUCGGGCCCAUGCUGGCAAGAGGAUCUACGAGUUUACUAUCCAGAGAAUCAUGCAGAAGUACUUCCUGGAGCUAAAGAAUAAGACACCCUCUAUGUCCCCCAGCGACAAGACCUGGCCAGCUAGACCCUACCUCUUCCUGGACUCCACCCAUAAGGAGCUGAGGAGAAUCUUCCACCUCUGGACGUGCAAGAAAUACAGGGGCCAGUUCACAGACCAGAAGAAGGCAAUUUACGAGGAGAAGCUGGAGGCUAGCGAGCUCUUUAAGGAAAAGAAGGCCUUGUACCCCAGCAGCGUCGCUCAGCCAUUCCAAGGGGACUACCUGGAAAUCAACAAGAACCCCAGAUACCAGAAACUCAACAGCCUGGUGGAGGAGAAGAUCAUCUUCGCAGACGUAGUGAACAAAAUCAACAGGGCCAAUGGCAAGGGAACUCAGCGAAUCUUCCUGCUGACCAAGAACAAAUUCAUGCUGGUUGACCAGAAGUCGGGUCAUCAGAUCAAGUCCACUGUACCCCUGGCUGAGCUCACCAGUGUCUCCAUGAGCGCGCAGAGUGAUGGGUUCUUUGCUCUGCGGGUCAAAGAGGGGACAACAGCAGCUGCCAAGGGGGAUUUCUUACUGAACAGCGAGCGGGUAAUUGAGAUCAUCACCAAACUGUACCGGGCAGGACUCAACCUGACCAAGGAGAAGAUUCAAAUCGAGAUAACGGAUGAGUUCCUGGUCCAGUUCAAGCAGGACAAAGUGUGCGUGAAGUUCAUCCAGACCAGCCCCAAGAACGGCACCACAGCCUCCUGCAAACGGAAAAACAAUCGGCUGCUGGAGGUGACCGUGCCAUCGCCAUAGCCUGCAGGGUGACGCCACUCGGGACUGUGUUUCCUAAUUACUGUGCAAUUUGUUUUUGGUUUUUUAAUUUCUUAUUUUUAUAUGGGCUGACGUUCGAAGAAGAAACACGACUGCACCAAGGCUUGAAGAUGAGGAAUGACCAUUUAACAAAAAAAAAGAAAAGAAAAAAAGUUGGCUGACUGCUGUCCAGUUUCAUUUUCCAGGUGUUUUUGCUCAGUGGAGUGUGGAGGAGGGGUGAAAGGAGGCUGUUUUCUAAACCUUUUACCUCCUGGUACUUUUGAAAGAGACAGGAUAUACACGGAGUUAGGCUUAAAGCUCCUAAUUCAGUAUCCAGUCUACCUCUUCCUGGGGUGGAAAUAAGACUCCCAUUGCAUAACAAUAAUCUAUUCCUGGUUUUACUAUAAGAUUAAUAAGACACACCUAAGUUCGUUAGCUAUAAACUGGCUAAUCAAACUAAAACCUGGAAUGGGUGAAACUCUCGUGCAGUAGGAGUCUUAUUUCCAUCCCUGUCUUCACUGAUCAUGCCCACUAAAACAUUUAGGCUCUGCACAAUCCGUAUUCUUUCAGAAUAAAUCUAAGUCCCAGAAAUGUAAAAAAUGGAAAUAUACAAGGUGUUAAAAAUGACUUUGAAAAUACAUAAGCAGGUUACACAGUGGUUAGGUAAAAUAUUCCCUUGAAUGUCAGGCCUUUGCCUGUUGAGCAGCACUGGGAGAUGCACAGUCACUCUUAUGUGUGUGAGUGUGUGUGUGUGUGUGUGUGUGUGUGUGUAUAUAUAUGAUCUCUCACACACACACACAUACUGCACAAGGCAGCAGAUAAUAAUCUGCCAAACAUCCUGAGACCCAAAGCCUCCUACCAAAUGUCUUAUACUGCAUCUGUAUUGAAAUAAGCAUACGAUACAAUAACUCUCAUUUAAAAUAAUAGUAAUAAUUUUGCAAGAAAGAAAGAAAGAAAGAAAGAAAGAAAGAAAGAAAGAAAAAUAAUUUGUAAUACAAUGUUAAUAUUUUGUGGGUUUUUGAGUGUGUGGUAUAAUUAAGAAUGUUAAGUGUGUAUCUUUAGUUUCUGAAGAUGCAUAGUGAAUAAUAAAAUCUCUGCAGUGCCUGCUCAUGGAGUAAUCGGGGGUCUCAUUGAGUCUUGCCAUGCUUAAUGUCCUGGUGGCUGAGCGUCAUUCUGCUAGCUAUACUGAACCCGUCUCUGCAGUGUGAGUACCAACGCUUAACUGCAAAACCAAAGAACACCCAGAAACACACAGUGGAAUCAAUAUAUGUAAGGGGACCUGAUUUAAGUGUGCUUCUGAAUAGUAAUGCACCGCAUAGUUAAGAUUACUGAAUGCACAGAGGGACUCUGCUCACAGCCGUGCCUGAUUUACAGGGCUUUUUUGCUAUUUAGAAAAAUCGGUGAUUUAAUUGUGUGUUUUUUUUUUUGUUUGUUUUUUUUUAAGAAAUGAAAGAAUGUGGCUAUUCUACUAUCAACCCUUUAGUCUAAUUUAAAGAAUUGUUCUAUUUUCUAUUCCAGUUUAUAUAACACAGACAUGAUAACAGCAUGCACCCUGUACCUUCCAUUAAUAACCCAAUACAGCCGUGCUCAGUCUGCAUUGUCUUUCAAUGAAGAGCCUCUGGGUUCGAACCCUGCUGUUGGGUUGAUUGAGUCUGCUGAAGGGAUUUAUACACGGUCGCAGUCAGUAGGCAUCAGAACGACCUUUGAAAAUGACUUGCAGACAUUCAGAAGCCAUCAAGUACUGACUUCAGGUUGCUGGCUAAACUCACUUCAGAACAUACUGGCUGUACUGUUCACACAUUCAGUAGAGUGAUAUGAACCGCGGGUACAAGCAUGAGGACAGUUCCUUCCACUGAACGCUGGCUUUAAUUGGAGUGGAGAGGACAAAGCAACAGGCAAGCAAGCACGCUAGUGCGGUGUUUCUAGUGGCUAUACCGGCUUGAGAGACUGCAGUGAAAGCACUCGCGUGGAUUUUCUUCAUGUACAUAAAAUAGAUCUUGGCCCCAUAGUAUCUCUCCUGGUCAAGGAAUAGGCAGCAUCCAUCCCAUACCUACACUGUUCUGUUGUCAUGGGAACAGAUUCCGCAGUAAAGCGUGUUUCCCAAGCAACACAUCACACCAGGCGUAGUGUAAGUGCAAACAAGACUAGUAACACGCAAGCCACAAGGGGAAUUUCAUUACGGAGUACGUGCCAAAUAUUAACUAGAACUAGAUUUGGAACAAAUUGAAAAUCUUGAUGAAAGCUGUCCCCAUGUGUCUUGGACAAAGAGUUGAGGAUGGCAUUUCAUAUCUGAUACAGUAGGUGAUUCUUAGGUCAUGGAGAGAUCGUAAAGAUUUGCUUAUUUUACAGAUGGUUCUUAAGUGUUUUUUUUUUUGUUUUUUUUUUGCUUCUCUGCUGGUCUGGGUGAACUCAUGGCAUUGUUGUAACGAUAUUUACAUUACAACAAUCUUCUCAACAGCAUUGUUAUGAGCCUGCCAUUCCAGCACUAUCCAAAGUUAGAUUUGGUUAUUAGAGAUUCAAUUAGCAUUCUUAGUCAGCGCAAAUGUUUUUUUCCCUGAAAUAAAGGCAUUAUCUCUAAAUCUGGAAAUGGUUCUGUUUUGUUUUGUUUCUGAAAAUAGCAGUUAAAGGCUAUGACCAAAGGAAUGUAUUUUCAGUUCAUGCCAUGCCAUUUAUACAACAUGCAAAACUAAAGAAACACCCUAGAAUUACAUUUUAAUUCUGUUGGCCUUAUAGUGGCUUUUAAAAACGACCUACCUUGGGUGACUGUAGGUAUGUAAUGCUUAUGCUGCAUAAAAUGCCAAAAAACAAUCUGCUAUCUUUGUUGCAACUGUUUAAUUAUUAUUUCUUGUUAUUUGGUACUUUUUAAAAGCUGCUGUAAACAUAGCGGUGCCAUAGUUAACAUUGUUUUUUUUCAAACUGGUGUCCAGCUAUAAGAAACUAGCAGAUCAAGAAGACCAGCUCUUUGGCCAAGCUAUUUAUCUACAUGGCUUUCCAGAAAUUAGCGGCCAUAAUAAUAUUAAUGGCAGUGCCAUAGUUUUUAUUUAAUCCACGCACUAAUCACAAGCAUCCACCAUGUUCAAAGAACACCACACCAAAGGUUACAGAUGGCUGAAGUAUUUGACUACUGGAUCAUGCAUUCCCAAACUAUGUUCCCAAAUAAUUUGAUUUAUUUAUACCUUGGAAUAUGUCAAAUGAAAUGUAUACAGAUCUCCCAGUAAAACUCCUUUCUGAGCCGUGUAAUUUCAUCUGAACCCUGUUCUGGGAGUGAGGGUUCUUUUCAGCCUAUAUACUGAUGAUUUAUAAGCGACAUGCAUCUGAAUUAUAAAGGAGAUAUUGCUCAUACAUUAUGCAGCAUAUCAUUUCCAGUCUUGUACAAAGGGACAGUACAACAUAAAACAAGCACGUAUGCCAUUGCCAGCUAUGCUUGUUUUGCGUUUUGAAUAGUGCCGCAUUUGAGACAAGCUACUUUUUCUUUGUUUGAUGUACAGCACAUAGAUAAAGUUCUCUUGAACUGAAGUGUUUUUUGUAUGACGGUUCUGUACGGUUUGAUAUGCUGUAUUAUUAUACCUAGCUCAUUGUGUGUGUGCGCAUGCCCAUUUAAAAAUCGCAGUUUUGCAUUCCUGUUUUGUGCCUGUGCUGUGCUGCAAAACAGACAACAAAAAAGUGCUUUGAUAGAAUUCAUUGUAUAAUUGCACUUGAUCUUCUUUACAAAUUAAAAAAAAAAAGUUUUGA